CUCUUCACAAAAGAUCCAUCAAUCCUCGAAGCCAUAAUGAUCAACGAUAGAAACUUCCAAGCGCUCAUGCGGGACAACGAGCCCAGCGACAUCCCUGCCGACAUGAGGCCCCCAACAGCAGAUGGGAGGGACAGGCUUAGUCCGAUGCUGAAUGAAUCCUGGGAGGAGCAGAAGGAGAUCAAAUACGUGGCCAAGAAGAUUAAGAUAACGCUCAUGUCGACGUGGGGGCAGAGGAAUCUUAUAGGGCUAACAGGAAUCGAAAUCCUCUGCUACAGCUCUACCAUCCACAUACACCGCGCCUACGCCUACACUUCUCACAUCUCUGAAGACCGAGUAGAUCCUUCCAAAUUGCUGGACUGCAAGAGCCUCUUCAACGGACGCAACAUCUCCACGGACUUUGAAGAUAUGUGGUGCACGAAUUUUGUAUCGGGGAGCAUGUUCUGUCAUAUUGUCAUGGAGUUACCGGAAACUAGUGAGAUUACAUGUAUUCGCAUCUGGAACUACAACGCCAACGUGGACCUGUCGUAUAUCGGGGCAAAACAUUGCCGCAUCUCCCUAGACGGCAAUCCUCUCCAGACCCACCCGAUAUUGCUUCGGCGGGCACCUGGGGAUACCUGCUACGAUUACGUACAGCAGUUCGACUUGCAGGCUGAAGACCGGUUAGAAAAUCCAAAAGAACUAGACUACCCAGAGCUCUCCUUCAACGCUGGAGAACUGAGUGCGCCCACAGGCUUCGUCUUGCAAAUCAGCAUAUUCUCCACCUGGGGCGAUGCGUACUACGUUGGACUCACGGCAGUGGAACUGUAUGAUCCUAUGGGGAACCUCAUACCUGUCACUGAAACCAACGUGUGCGCGCACCCGGCGAGUGUUAACGUGUUGGACUCGCGCGCUCUGGACGUUCGGACACCGGACAAGUUGGUCGACGGGGUCGUCUCAUGUGACGCGGCGCACUCUUGGCUCGCGCCCAUACUGCCGCACACACUCAACAGGGUAUUUUUCGUGUUCGACGCGCCAGUAUCAAUUUAUGGCCUGAAGAUAUGGAACUACGGAAAAACACCCUCGAGAGGAGUCAAAGAAUUCGGAGUGCUGAUCGACGAUUUGCUCCUGUUCAAUGGCACGCUGGACUGCGCGAAGCCCGGCGACACGAUUGCACCUCAGUGGAUCUGCUUGCAGAACAACGAUGAUGACUCCACGCCAAGCCCCCCUCCACGCAGCACCACUUCAGGUUCGCGCACCGCCGUGGACCCCGCGGCGCGCCCCUACACCGGCGUCAGUCACCACAGACAGUGACAUCAGCAGCAAUGAACGAAUGAAUGAGUCAGUGAAUGAACGUGCGGAAGCCGCGUACAGUGCGUGAGAAAGGAAGAAGACAAGUCCAUUUUGCGAUUACAGGUCAGUUCACGAAAGUUAGCAUGAAUGGGAUAAACGUACAGAUGUAGUACGAAAAGUUUUGCCUUCGUAUUGUCACGGAAACGUACGUACGUGUCAUGCUAUUUCAGUCAGUCUCAGUACAAGAUGUACUGACAUUGACUGAACUAGCAUGACACGUUUCCGAAAAAAUACGAAGGAAACCCUUUUCGCACUACAACUGUAACUGAUUGUGUGGGUGACACUUUCAGCGGUAUCCAGUCGUAACUGUCAAGAGCCACAAUUUUAUUCGAAAAUCUGUCACACACUUCAUUCACUCAUUCAUUCCAUUCGUGCCAGAUCUAGCGAAUUGACCUGUACGUCCAAUACACCCGAAAACCAAAGGCCCUUAUAAAACUGGACUGAACGCGUAUGUUUUUAGAUUACGCGCACUUUUAGCCGAUGCCCUCAUUUGAACACGAAAGAAUAGAAUAAGCCCCCGUCGACAACAAAACAUUCGACUUAGUAACAGAUGUGUUUUUGUUUCUUGUAUAGGUACUGGCAAAUAUGUUACCGCAGUUUUAAUAAAGAUCAACUUUAAUAA